UGCCAGGCUCACACACACACACAGAACACACACACACACACUUGGUCGUGCACACAUACUCACAUUCCUGUGCAGGCUCUGUGAGGGGCAGGCGCAGAGUGUGCUGCAAGCUUGGAAAUGUUCUUCAGAGUCUCUCUCACUCUCACUCUCCCCAGUCGUUAACUCAGAGAGCAGAGGAGGAAGGGAAGGCAGAGAGACCAGGGGAGGUCUGACGACACCAUCCCAGCUCACCCGGCACCUAUUUUAAAUGCACACUUUGAUAAAUGCAAGCGCACAGUCUGCGUCUGGCUGUGAUUUACUGGACGAACGUUGAGGUUUGUAACCAAACUGUCACUCUGCGGGAGAUGUGUGCAACUUUUGCUGCCAGAACCAAAAGUUAAAGGAGCUUUUGGACACAUAGCAUGUGUUAGUGUUCAGUAGUAGCAGUAGCUUUUGAUGUCGGAGGUCCAAUGUGAAGAUGGAUGGCGCAUGUUCCAGGCUGACGGUGUUCUUCACUGUUGAUUGAUCCAGCUUUGAAGGGAACAUCCAGCAAAGUGAAGAAGGAGCAGCUCAAGAUACAAGAACUCAACUCACCUGCAACCUUUACCACAGGCUGAUAUGAUGCUGUGGUACAACUUUGGCCACCACUUGGUCUCUCUGGCAGCACUUCUGGUGAUUGUGAACUGCGGAGGUGGGGAGCAGAGGAGAGGGACGGAUAGCAGCAGCACCAGCAGCAGCAGCACAGGUGGCGGCAGCAGUAGCAGUAGCAGCAGUAGUAGUGGAGGAAGUGGUAGUAAUAAUUACAGCAACAGGCGCUUUCAUAAGAUCCAACAUGGCCAGUGCACCUAUACGUUCAUCCUACCUGAGGGAGAUGGAGGCAGAGGAGGCUCCUGCAGGGAGGCGAAAGCCGGCAGCCCCCAGCCCAACACCAACUCUCUCCAGAGAGAUGCUCCGCCACCUGAGCCAGACUUUCCCAGCCAGAAGAUCCAGCAGCUCGAGCACAUUAUGGAGAAUUACACGCAGUGGCUACAGAAGAUUGAGAACUACAUCAAAGAGAGCAUGAAGACAGAGAUGGCUCAACUGCAGCAGAGCGCCGUCCACAACCACACAGCGGCUAUGUUGGAAAUGGGCACCAACCUUCUUUCUCAGACAGCCGAACAGACACGCAAGUUAACUGAUGUUGAGACACAGGUUCUGAAUCAGACAUCCAGGCUUGAGAUCCAGUUGCUGGAAAAUUCUCUUUCCACUAACAAGCUGGAGAAAGAGUUAAUGGUCCAGACUAAUGAGAUCAGCAAGCUGCAUGACAAGAACAGCCUCCUGGAGCAGAAGAUGUUAGAAAUGGAGAUGCGUCACCGUGAAGAGCUGGAGACGCUGAAGCAGGAGAAGGGCAGUCUCCAGGUCCUGGUGGGGAGCCAGAGCGGAGUUAUCAGGGAGCUAGAAGCCCAGCUGAGCCGUGCCACAGGAAACAGCACGGCCCUGCAGAGACAGCAGCAAGAGAUGAUGGAUACCGUCCAUAACCUGCUCAACCUCUGCUCCAAAGAUGGAGUUGUGCCAAAUAGCACAAAGGUCGCGGAAGAAGAGAAGAAGUUCCGCGACUGUGCCGACCUCUACCAGGCUGGCAUCCAUAAGAACGGACUCUACACCAUCCAGAUCAACCCUCAGGAGACCAAAAAGGUGUAUUGCAACAUGGAAACAGCCGGCGGUGGAUGGACGGUCAUCCAGCGCAGAGAGGACGGCAGUGUAGACUUCCAGAGGACGUGGAAGGAGUACAAGAUGGGCUUUGGGAGCAUGUCCGCAGAGCACUGGUUGGGGAACGAAUAUGUUUACCAGCUGACCAGCCAGAGGCAGUACGCCCUCCGUGUGGAACUGACAGACUGGGACGGACACCAGGCUUUCUCACUUUAUGACCGCUUCCAAAUCGGCAGUGAGAAACAGAACUACAGGCUGUUCCUGAAAAGCCACAGUGGGACUGCAGGCAGACAGAGCAGUCUAGUAAUCCACGGAGCAGAUUUCAGCACCAAGGACAUGGACAAUGACAACUGCAUGUGCAAGUGCGCCCUCAUGCUCACUGGUGGUUGGUGGUUUGAUGCCUGCGGCCCCUCAAAUCUGAACGGCAUGUACUUCACUCAAGGACAACACAUAGGGAAGUUGAAUGGUAUCAAGUGGCACUACUUCAAGGGCCCCAGCUACUCGCUACGAGCCACUGCCAUGAUGAUCCGCCCGUUGGACUUCUCCUAGAACUCUGAGCUCGCAAACUUUCCAAAUGGCUUUGUAGCACAUUAGAGGGAUGCUUUCUAUUUUAUCCUCUUGUCUCAUCUCAUUUCGCAGCUCAUGGGAGUCAUCCCAAUACAUUUUUUAUUCAACAUGGUUCUUCCCCAGAGCAACUGCUGUUGCCUCAUAACCUUUUCCCCUCAAUGAACUGAAAAGCAGCCAUGGGGAGGAAGCCAGAGCAAGACAUGAUUCACCCGAACUGAUUUCUGUUCCGGAGCAGAUUCACAAACUUUUUUGAACCUUUAUUUAAGGACAAUUGCGUUCAGGUGCUUCAUCUCACCCCAGGAAUUUGUGAACAUUUUCAGCUUGUAUGUGUAUUCAAGCAUGAUGUCAAACCGCAAAUGUCCUGGGGACCUGUUGUGUUGUUAUAAUGGACUUGAACUCUUCUGAAUGGAAAGCAGCUAUCACGAAGCAGCACUGACUCUUAAACUGCAGGACAGAACUCAUUUGGGACGCUCUGAGGAGACGAAUAAGAGAUGUGGCUUUUUUUUUAUUAGGAUGUUGCUCACAGAACGCAGCCCAUAAAUAUUACUAUUGUAUUAUAUAUUGUGUUUUUAGUAUUUUUUUGUUAUCCCAACUGUAUACUAUAUCCAAAGUGAGUUGAAAUUGUCUUUUGUACUGUACAGUGUAUACUGAAUCUGCAUUAUGUAUAAAACAUACACGCUAAGGUGACCUUGCGAGUGAUUGCUUAGAGUUAUAGGGGUCACUUGCAGUAUUUGCUGGCAAUUUCACACCAGGCAAGAGAGUGUGAUUAUUUUUAGAGUUCAAGAUGUGAGGUUAUUAUUGGAUUAGAUUCUGGACUAAGAUCUAUUUGCCUUUGUUAUUGGCUGAGAAACGGCUAAUACCUGCCAAGGUUCAGAUUGUGAGCGAUCACCUUACCUCUGCUCAAUAUGAAAAACAAAGACAUUAAUUCAGAUGCAUUUAAUUAGUGAUAAAUAAUAAUUACAGCUGUGCGGUGAAAGAAAAUCUAGAUUUGCAUAUACAGUACAAGUAAUGUGUAUUUUCAAAAAUACACACAGAUAUAAUAAAGUAAUGAUCCUUCCAUCUUCACAAAGAUGUAAAUGCUUAUAUUAAGCUGCUGUCACACAGAGAAUGAGGCUAAGGUUAAAUUGACUGAAUUGUUACAUUAUGAAACCUCGAGACUGCUCCUGUCAGUUUUAUCAUAUUUUGACCUCUUACCGUAAGACAAAGAGCAGAUCAUGUAGACAAGUUAGAUCCAAAAUAUUUUUCACAGACAUCAACAUGACACAACCGCAGAAUCCAGCCCAGUUCUGUUUCUCAUCAAUGCAGCUUUGAGAAGAAGAAGAAGAAGAAGAAGAAAAAAAAAAAGGAGCUGGAGUUGGAUAUGAAGCAUGAAAUUAAUGAUUCCACCAAGUGAUCCGUGUGAACACAUAUUUCAUAACUUCCAGCAAAAACAGAAUCUACUGUGGAGUAUUUACUAAAGGUACAUGUGGCGGGAAGAUAAAGUGUAUCUGGAACUUGUAAAACUACAAUUGACAUGUUUAUUAGCAUACUAAAAUUGUAUAAUUUAACGUGUGUGUAUGUAAAGCAGCUUUCCUGAGGAAAGCUCUUCUUUUUUUUCUUUUUACUCUGCCAGAAGUACAAUGGUGUUUUGAAGUUGAGCAUAAAACAUGGAAGUUAAGAUAAUAACCCUGAAGAAAUGUGCCUUUGAUAACUCUGCUUUUACCUCAUUAAAUUCCAGAUUUACAGAUUUAUUUAAACAUCUUUUGUAACAUGUGGUCAGUGUUGUGUUGCUAGAUUAAAUAAAAGAGCAUGUGAUGCACUAAUGUUUUCAA